UCCUAUUGGAAUCUCGCGAUUUUAGGGUACUUCCGCCGACUCCCUUCAUCGAGAUGGCUGAUUCUCCUCGCAAAAGGUACUCAAGGUCUCCCUCUCCUUGGGAAGAAAAGUCAAGGUCCCCAGUGCGCUCAAGGUCUAGAUCAAGAUCCAGGUCUCGGUCGUGGCCAAGGCCAAAGGCUACAUCUAGGUCAAGGUCCAGAUCUACGUCCAGGAGUCGUGGGAGGACUGAGAAUGCCAUUAAUUCUGGGAAUACACUUUAUGUGACUGGCCUGUCCACACGGGUCACAGAAAGAGAUCUCGAAGAUCAUUUUUCGAAGGAAGGAAAGGUGAAAUCAGUUUUUCUAGUUGUGGAGCCACGUUCUCGUGUGUCUCGUGGCUUUUCUUUUAUCACGAUGGAUAGUGCUGAGGAUGCCAAUCGGUGCAUCAAACAUCUGAAUCAGUCAAUUCUUGAGGGCCGAUACAUAACUGUGGAGAGGUCCCGGAGGAAACGGCCUAGGACUCCAACACCUGGUCAUUAUCUUGGGCUUAAAAGCAGUAGGGGUGAUGGUUUUCGUGGUGACCGUGGUAGGUAUCGCGGAGGAUCUAGCCAUGAUGACUAUGGGUAUCGGAGGUCUCCCAAGCGAUCACCUUAUCGCGGCGGACGUGAUUACUCCCCCAAGCGAUCACCAUAUGGUGGAAGGUCAAGAAGGGAUAGGUCAAGGUCCUAUUCUCCUUACCGUAGUCCUGAAAGGAACUAUGCUCGUGGCUCUAGAUGAAACUUGGUACCAGGUUUUGGUAUCUGUUUAUGGGGAAAACUGUUUCAUAGAUUUUUUUCGGUUGUUUUCUUGGUAGGAUUGGAAUGAGGAUGCUUGGAUUGUUUACUUCUGUUGUUGGUCAGGUGUGUGCACUUUUUUAUACCCUGUUAGCUAAGUGUGGAUGUCCUGAAAUGAUAAAACAUCUGUAUUAGGUCAUCAUUUGACCAGUUUCAUGCUAAGCUCUUGAAUUUGGCUUGUAAAUCACUGUUAUAUUGGUGAACUUGAGUGAGCAAAGUGAGAUGAACCCUUGGGUUAAAGGC